AUGUCUGCUCCUGGUCCUCAUGUGUUCCUGCUGGUGAUCAAACUGGGGGUUAGAUUCACAGAAGAAGAGAGGAACUCAGUGCAAUGGAUUCAGGAGAACUUUGGAAAAGAGGCUUUGCUUCGUACCAUCAUUCUGUUUACUCACACUGAUCUGCUGAAGGGUACAUCUUUAGAGGAGUACAUCAGGAAAAGCCACUAUUUACCAAAACUAGUUGAUAGUUGUGGUGGCAGAUACCACUCAUUCAACAAUGAAGAGAGAAACAAUCAAUAUCAGAUCACAGAACUGCUGCUGAAGAUCAAUGCAUUGAGAAGAGCAAAUGGAAUGAGGCAUUACACUCCUGAGAUGUUCAGAACAAUCCAGACAGAGAUUACAGGGAAAAGCGGAAUGAAGUUGAACAUUACACAUAUUUUGAGCGUUAUCAUAGUGAUAGUACUUAUUUUUCUAGGAGCACAGCAAUGGAACAAUAUGUUUCAAAAGGAGGAAGAGAAACUGAAAAAUGACAUCGAACAGAUGGAAAAUGAGGUGCAGCAACUGAAAAAUGAGCUCCGAGAGAAUGAACAGAGGGAGCAGCAUCUAAAACUAGAUCUCCUACAGAAAGAUCAAGAGGAGCAGACACUGAAAGGGAAGCUCUCACAAAAGGUAGAUGAUGAGAAGAACCUGAGAAACAAGAUAGAAGAGAAGGAAAAAGAGGAGAAGCAGCUGAGAAAUGAGCUCUCACAAAAGGUAGAGGAUGAGAAGGACCUGAGAAACAAGAUAGAAGAGAAGGAAAAAGAGGAGAAGCAGCUGAGAAAUGAGCACCUACUGAAUGAAAGGGAAAAGCAACUGAAAAAUGAACUACAGACAGAAGAGAAGCAGCUAGAGCUAGAAAAUGAGCUCCAACAGAAAGAAGAGGAGAAGCAUCCCCUAAAAAAGCAGCUAAUACAGAAGGAACAAGAGGAGUUGGAGCUAAAAAAUGAACUGCUACAGAAGGAACAGGAGAAGCAUCAGAUAAAAAAGAAGCUUCUAGAUAAGGAACAAGAGGAGUUGGAGCUAAAAAAGGAGCUGCUGCAGAAGAAACUGGAGAACAGGAGGAACAGCUAA